AUGCUAGGGCUGUAUACCUUUAACAAAACUUUCAAAACAGAUGAACAAUGGGCUUUGAAAGCCAGACGAUAUUUUUGGCCGAAACUAUUCACAAAUAAGUUUGUUAAAUAUGGUUUACAAUAUGAAAACAUCGCCAGAGAUUUGUAUUCAAAAGAAUUUAAUACAAAUAUUUUAGAGUGUGGUUUAGUGAUUGACGUUAACAAUCCUUGGUUAGGUUAUAGUCCAGAUGGAGUCAUCAUUGAUGAAUAUUUUUUACCCAUUAAAAUUAUAGAAAUCAAAUGUCCUUUUGAUGGUAAAAAACUUGGAAUAAAAGAUCUUUUAAAUAGUUUAAAAUACAUUGUAAAACACCCAAAUGGUUCAUUGAGUUUAAAAAAAAACCAUUGUUACUAUGCACAAGUACAAAUGGGCAUUGUUUUAUUAAAUGUUAAGGAAUGUGACUUUAUAGUACACAGUAGCUAUGAAAAUAAAAAUGCAGUGUUAAGAGGACGCUACACCGAAAGCGAAACGUAUACAACGACCGAGAGAACGCGCUGUUAG